CUGUGGAGCUGUGGCGGUGCCGGCUUCGAGCAUCCCUGCCCUGGCAGGCUGGGGGACUCCGAGGCUGCAGCUCCGGCGGUCAGCUCCGGAGAGGACAUGUCCAAUGACGAUGAUGCUGCCCCCACAGCUGCAGAGGCAGCAGGUGACAUCCACCUGCUGGGCUUCUCGGACGAGAUCCUCCUGCAUAUCCUGAGCCAUGUCCCCAGCACAGACUUGGUUCUCAAUGUGCGGCGCACCUGCCGGAAGCUCUCAGUCCUGUGCCUGGACAAGAGCCUGGUGCACACUGUGCUGCUACAGAAGGACUACCAGGCCAGUGAGGACAAGGUGAAGCAGCUGGUGAAGGAGAUUGGCCGGGAGAUCCAGCAGUUGAACAUGGCAGGCUGCUAUUGGUUGUCCGGCUCCACCAUCGAGCACGUGGCCCGCUGUCACAGUCUGGUAAAGAUGAACCUGUCAGGCUGCCACCUCACCUCCCUGCGACUGUCCAAGGUGCUUUCAGCCCUGCAGCACCUGCGCUCACUGGCCAUUGAUGUGAGUCCCGGCUUCGAUGCCAGCCAGCUGAGCAGUGAGUGCAAGGCCACCCUGAGCCGUGUCAGGGAACUCAAGCAGACACUUUUCACACCGUCCUAUGGUGUGGUGCCCUGCUGUGCCAGCUUGCAGAAGCUGCUGCUGUACUUCGAGAUCCUGGACCGCACACGUGAGGGUGCCGUCCUCUCAGGCCAGCUCAUGGUGGGCCAGAGCAAUGUCCCCCAUUACCAGAACCUGCGUGUCUUCUAUGCCCGCCUGGCCCCUGGCUACAUCAACCAGGAGGUGGUGCGGCUCUACCUUGCCGUGCUUAGUGACCGCACGCCUGAGAACCUGCAUGCCUUUCUCAUCUCUGUCCCUGGCAGCUUCGCGGAGAGUGGGGCCACCAAGAACCUGCUGGACUCCAUGGCUCGCAACGUGGCCUUGGAUGCCCUGCAGCUGCCGAAGUCGUGGCUGAAUGGCUCCACCCUCCUCCAGCAUAUGAAAUUCAACAAUCCCUUCUACUUCAGCUUUAGCCGGUGUACGCUGUCAGGUGGUCACCUGAUCCAGCGGGUCAUCAAUGGGGGGAAGGACCUGCGCAGCCUCGCCAGCCUCAACCUCAGUGGCUGUGUGCAUUGCCUGUCUGCAGACUCGUUGCUCCGUAAGGCAGAGGACGACAUUGACAGCAGCAUCCUGGAGACGCUGGUGGAGUCCUGCUGUAACCUGCACCACCUCAACCUCUCAGCUGCCCACCACCAUAGCUCCGAUGGCCUGGGCCGCCACCUCUGCCAGCUCCUGGCCCGCCUCUGCCACCUGCGUUCUCUCUCCUUGCCCGUCUGCUCCGUGGCCGACUCAGCACCCAGGCCUGACCGUGCGCCUGCCCCGCCAGCAAUGCAUGCAGUGCCCCGUGGCUUUGGCAAGAAGGUGCGCAUUGGGGUGCAGACCUUUCCCAGUCCCUUCCUGGGCCAGUCGUCUGCCCAGCCUGCCUCUGUGUUCUGGUCUCUGCUGAAGAAACUCCCUUUCCUGGAGCAUCUGGAACUGAUAGGGUCCAAUUUCUCCUCAGCCAUGCCCCGCAACGAGCCUGCCAUCCGCAACUCCCUCCCGCCCUGCAGUCGGGCACAGAACGUCGGGGACUCAGAGGUGGCUGCCAUUGGCCAGCUGGCCUUCCUGCGGCAUCUGACACUAGCGCAGCUGCCAGGCAUGCUGACAGGCUCUGGGCUGGUGAGCAUUGGCCUGCAGUGCCAGCAGCUUCAGUCUCUGUCGUUGGCCAACCUGGGCAUGAUGGGGAAGGUGGUGUACAUGCCUGCUCUUGCUGACAUGCUGAAGCACUGCAAGCGGCUGAAGGACCUGAGGCUGGAGCAGCCCUAUUUCAAUGCCAACGCACAGUUCUUCCAGGCACUGGGCCAGUGUUCAUCUCUGGAGCGCCUGUGCCUGGUGUCUCGAAGUGGUACCGUGCAGCCGGAUGCCGUGCUGGCCUUUAUGGCCCGUUGCCUGCAUGUUGUCGUGUGUCACAUGUUCACUGGAGAAUCCCUCACCACCUGCAAGAGCCUGCAGCAGUCACUCCUCCGGAGUUUCCAGGCUGAGAGGCCCGCAUUGAACGUUGUCAUCUUCCCCCUGCUCCACGAGGGCCUGACAGAUGUCAUCCGAGAUGUCCCCAUGGUGCACCUGGACGAGAUCACCUUAUUUAAAAGCAGAGUGGCUGAGGAGCCGCCGAACUUGUGGUGGUGAGAGGGCCGUCUGGCCCCAGCCCCGCCACUCCUGCAGCAGAGCCUCUUCAUGUCUGAGUCUCCACAAGGGUCCGAGAAACCAGGAGAGUGGGUCCUUGCUUUGCGACAGGAAGAAAGAGUUUGUGGUUGUUCCGAGACAUUCACGCCAGUCCCCCAGGUUCCCUCUCCCUCUCAGGGGUGUGCUUGGGCAUGAUGACUAGUGAUGAGGUGACCAUGACCGAGAGCAGUGGACGAGCCAUCCUGGCCUUCAGGGCCUGGCCACACUCCCCAGUCCCCCCACUCACUUCAGUGUGGGGACUGUCCCUUUGUCCGUGGUCAUCUGCAGGUGAGCUCAGUCAUGUGACUGUGUCCACAUGGGGUCAGUGUGGCCGCGCUCUCACUGUGCCUUCCCCACGAUGACAUCUGGGAGCCUUUGGCCCCUUUCCUAUUGACACGUUAGGGCGUGGUCUAAUGUGUGCGUGAGGCCCUGGGUUCCAUCCCCACCCUAAAAAAGAAAAUGUUUUAACCCAGUGAUGUCUCUGGGAUGUUUUCAGCCUAAUGAUGCCUGUGCCAGAGGGUCCCCUGGGCAGGAACUGUGGGAUGGCACCAUUCCUGAGCUGAGCCUGAGGAGCUGGGCCUGUGUCUCGCAAGGGCUCACUUCUCCCCUCCGUUCCUGGGCUUCUGCUUAAAAACUCGAGGUGCUGUGGAGGUCUGAACGCUUCUUGGGAAGUCCACACCCUCUGGCCUCAAUAGAAUAGCUAAAAACAGUGAAAGCCAGAGUGGGCAUUACAGAGAUUCACUGAGAGCCGUGGUUUGACUUGAGUUAGAAGAUGUGCACGGACCACAGUUUCUGUCCCCAGCACCUUCAUGGCGGCUCACACCUGUAAUCACAGCAUUCAGGAGGUAUGAAUGAUAACUUGGGUUAUCCUCAGCUAUAUAAUUGAGGCUACUUAAGACCCUGUCUUUUUUUUGGUUUUUCGAGACAGGGUUUCUCUGUGGCUUUGGAGCCUGUCCUGGAACUAGCUCUUGUAGACCAGGCUGGUCUCGAACUCACAGAGAUCCGCCUGCCUCUGCCUCCCGAGUGCUGGGAUUAAAGGCGUGCGCCACCAUCGCCCGGCUUUAAGACCCUGUCUUAAUCUUGAUAAAAAAACCAAAAAAAAGGAAAGAAGAGGGAGGACCCAAUGUUUGUGGCCUCACCCCAUUCCUCACACUAGUGAGACUAAGAAUCAGUAACCCUAGAGGGGCCUUGUGGGAGCUUGUGGUUGGAUUGGUUCAACUAGACUCCUGCCUGGGCCUCUCUUGGUGAAGGGUCACUGGUACACUGUGGGCAUUGAUCCAGGUAGCUUCCAGUCGGGACACCUCAGUCCAUGCAGGGCCAGCAGGCCUCGCUUGCUGCUGUGACCUUCACAGACUCAGCCUGCCCUCCCCCUCCCCCUUCUUGGCUACUGGUCCUCCGAAGCUGUGGUCUCCUCAGCUUCCCUUCUUGGUAAGGAGCAGAGUGAACUAGCCUCUGGGUGCCUGCCCUGUGGUCUCAGGCAGGCUGUGCCUGGCAGCGGGAGCCUGGGGAGGCCUGGGGGCUUCUGACCUGGCUCUGGGUACAGCAUUAGGAAAACAGCCCUCAGGUCCAGGCUCUGCCUGCCCCCUCCUGUUCUAGCUCCAGUGUUCAACGUGGUCUGCAGUGCCAAGCCCUCCCUUCUCAUCCAGUCUCUUGCCUGAGGGAAUCCUCCCUCUCUCCCAGAGGGAUCCUUCUGUCUGUAGGCUGAUCCCAGGGGAUACCCACCCCAUCCCCGCAGCCCUUGCCUUCACAGACCUAACACACUGUCUGAGAGCUGUGGGCCUGUCCUACCUUUUCCUGGCAUUGCAGGCCAUGAGACCGGCUGCCAAGAUUCCAGGGCAGACUGAGGGCACACACAGCUGUAGACAAGGGUCCCAGAGGUGGUGGAACUCCUUCCCCAGUUUCUGGGUGUGUCUUUAAAGCAUUAUAAGCUGACACCUGAAGGCUGCCACGUAGGCUGUCCAGGACCAACUGCUGCUUGUCCUUAAAAUGAGACAAGCUGGUCACAGCCUAUGAGGGAGGCAGGUUGCUUGGAGAUGUCAGGUCCCAAGAGUCCUGUAACUUCUUCCUUUGAAGGAAGUUCCACUCAGCUGGGUGUGGUGGUGCAGGCUUUAAUCCCAGCACUUGGGAGGCAGAGGCAGGUGAGUUUGAGGCCAACCUGGUUUAUAUCGUGAGUUCUAGACCAGCCAGGGCUAUAUAGAAACCCUAUCUCAAACAGCAACAACAAUAAAAACAACACAACAAAAUAACAAACGGCAGCUCUGUUCAGACAGGAAAUUACCUUUCUGCUGGGAUUGUAUUCCGAAGACCAGAGCUGUCCUGUCAAUCCUGUGGAUAGGCAGGUCUUGGGAGCCAGCAGUUUUCGCUAGUGGCAUCAUUUGUGCCCAGAAACUGGGCUGACAGGGAGGGGCCUGGUUGCAGGAGGCUGGGGCGCAGACUGCCUGAGGAAGCACCCUCAAUAGUAGGCCUUGUAUUCUUAGCAUCUCUUGCAAUAGUUCUUUGACUUCAAGUGAGAAUUUUCUCUCCUUCUCCACUGGGGACAGGAUCCACCAGAUGUCAAUAGCGUGCUUAUUUUUGCUAAGUGCUAUUUUGGCACCGGUGUUGAUCGCAAUUUAUAGCCUGCAGCAUUUGACGCUGGGAAAAGAACCCACCCUAAUGGUCCCCGAUUGGCAGGACUUGGCUGUUAAGUGGCAGACCAUAUGCUGCCUGCCGAGAAGACAGUGAGAUGGUGAGUGCUCAUGCCUACGUACGGGUGUCUACGUGCUGGUGCAUAUGUGCACGCGCGUGUGUGUGUGCGUGCGUGCACACGUGUGAACGUACGUGUGUGUGCACCUGCAUGCGUGUGCACAUGUACCUACCUAUAGGUGCGUGUGUGCAUGUAUGUGCGCGCAUGUGAGUGUGUGUAUGUGUGUGUACCUGCAUGUGCGUGCACACGGGCUUGCUUCCUCUGGUGUGUGUUCUCUGUGUUGGAGUGAGAAGAUAGAGAGGAGGGAGAGUCUUUUGUAAACAGAAACCCCCUGACCUCCACAGCUGCCUGUUCCCCUGCCUCCUCCCAGCCCUGGCUGCUCCUGCACAGACCCUGUGUUGUUCAUUGAUUUGCUCAUUCUGUUUUUCAAGACAGGGUUUCAUUGUGUAGCUCCGGCUGUCCUGGAACUCACUCUGUAGAUGACCAGGCUGGCCUCUAACUCACAGAAAUCCUCCUGCCUCUGCUUCCCAACUGCUACGAUUAAAGGUGUAUGCCACCACUGUCCAGCUAGUCCUUGUGUUUUAUGUCCUGUCUUUGAUGCCAUGUCUCCUAACCCUGUGGCUUGGCACAUACCAGCAAGCCAUACUGGGCUCACUGAGUGGCUUUUCUCAUUUUCUCUCCUCUUAAAAUGCUAUGUGUGUAUGUGUGUGUGCAGGUCUGUGUGUGCCCCCGCUCAUGUGUAGAGGGCAGAAGACAAUCUUGGGUGUCCCUUUUCACCCCCCACCUUGUGUGAGCAGGUCUCUUGUUUGCUGCUGUGUACACUAGGCUAGCCCACCCAUGGACUUCCCAUCUCCAUCUCCCAGCUUGUGAUGGGAGUUCUGUGAUGACCCAUGUGCACCACCACAUCUGGGGAUCUGAACUCAGGUCCUCCCGCAACAAGUACUUUACCCACUGAGCCAUCUCCCCAACCCGCUUUCCUGAUUUCAUAGGGAGGAAUUUUAUCACCCAGAGUGAGGAGUGUUCUGCUCUUAUAUGACAGGGUCAGGCUUUGUCCUGCAACUGACCCUUGGAGGCCCUGUAACAAGGCUGUGGCCAGCGGAGGACUGGGCCCAGACACAGUCCACUGGGUGUCUCUCACAUGGGCAUCUAGGGUAGAUUCAGUGUCUGUCUACCGCAUCAGACCCAGAGUUAAAAGCUAAAUUCUUAGCAAGAUGUUGUCUAGGCCCAGGGGUCUGUGGGAAAGACGAGCCCAGGCAUUGGAACAGUGAGUGCCAAGGGCCAGGCCUCUUGAGCCAAGGCUGAACCCUCGAGGAGGAUGGACAGCCACCCUGACACCCCUUCCGAGAGCCACCUCUUCCUCCAGCCUUUGCUGUGACCUGCCCCUUUGAAGAGGUGGAAAUUUCUGUCUCACAGGGAAAAAGAAAGAGAAGCCAAGUGUGAUGGGGAAUAUGAGGUGGAAGCAAGAGAAUCAGGAGUUCAAGGCCAGUUUCACCUAUAUAAUGAAUUUGAAACCAGCCCAGGCUACAUGAGACUCUAUGCCUGAAGAGAUGAGGGAGGGAGGGGGGAGAGAGAGCGAGCAAUUUUGAAUGGGGUAUGAAGUGUGACUGUAGGCCAUGGGUCCUAUAUGCUGACCUCUUCCUGUGGAUGUGACCAGUUCAUUGGUAAUUAUUAUUAUAAUUUUAUUAUUAUUAUUUUGGUUUGAGACAGGGUUUCUCUGUAGCUUUGGGGCCUGUCCUGAACUAGCUCUUGUAGACCAGGCUGGCCCCAAACUCAGAGAGGUCCUCCUGCCUCUGCCUCCCGAGUGCUGGGAUUAAAGGCAUGCACCACCACCGCCCAGCCUGGUACUCGCAGUUUUUAGCAGCACCCACUGCCCUGCCGUAGGGGCUUUGUGACUGGUCUCAUCUGCAUUUGGGCCUGCAGGGUACAGUAGAAGUUGCUAGGCUCUGUGUUACUACUGCAUGGAGUCUAGACCAGCCAUGGGUCCUAUGCUGGCUGCUCAGUGGUACAUCUCUGGAGGCCCACCAGUGGGGGGUGCUUGGCUGCACCUGCCCCGCCCUAGCCAGACCUGGCAGGCUGCCACAGGGCUGCCAGCAGCAGUGCUGGUCAGGGAGGUCAGUGCUGCUACUAAUGUUGGCCUGGGAUCUGCCUCAACCUGGGGGUGCAGAUGGGGCAGGCUCGGCUCCAGCCAAAGCCCUGACCUCUGUGCCGGCGAGGUGUUCACGGGUUGCUGUGCAAGGAAUGUAUGUACAAACAAAGGUUUCCAUAGCAGGAGUGUGCAUGCAUCUGUAAGUGUGUCUGUUGUGUGCACACGCAAGAGCACGCGUCUAGGUAAUGCCACUUCUGACCAUGACGCAUUGUGUGUGACUUUACCUGGCACCACUUGAGUUGAGUGUUUAUUGUUUCGGGGCAUGGAGGGCCUUGUGACCAGGUGCUAAGUGACCCCCCUCCCCCGCCGUGACUGACUGCCCGGACUCCUGUCUAGCUGGGAGGACUGCCUGUGUGGUUGGUGUCUGGUAGUGACACACCCAGAUGUCACUGUGGUGCUGACAAACUACAUUCUGAAUGGCUGUUUUUAUGUAAACCUGUGGCAUGUGGAAAAUCUCAAAUAAAAUGAACUUGAUUU